AUGAAGAAGACCGUUGUCCUGUACCCUGGCGUCGGCGUCGGCCACCUGGUGCCGAUGGUGGAGGUCGCCAAGCUGUUCCUCAAGCACGGCCUGGCCGUCACCGUGGUGCUCAUUGAUCCGCAGGUCGAGUCCACGGACUUCUCCUCCGCCGUCGCCCGCGCGAGGUCCUCCAACCCCUCCGUCGCCUUCCACGUCCUGCCGCCGCCGCCCGCGGAUUCCAACUCCGACACCGCGCCCACGAACCCCGUCAUCCAGAUUUUCCGGCUCCUGAAAUCCAUGAACGCCCCCCUCCUGGACUUCCUCCGCUCGCUGCCCUCAAUUGACGCACUCGUCCUCGACAUGUUCUGCGUCGACGCCCAAGAUGUCGCGGCUGAGCUCAAGCUGCCGGUUUACUACUUCUACGCGUCGGCCGCCGCCGACCUCGCGCUCUUCCUCAACCUGCCGAGCAAGCUUGCCGGCAGUAAGGUGAAGGAGCUCGGCGACUCUAUCAUGACUUUCCCGGGUGUUCCUCCGUUGAAAGCUUCGGACUUACCCGAAGUUACCCACAACGAUGAAAUACUCAAGGCCAUCUUGGGCAUGUUCGACCGAAUGCCAGAUGCCAACGGAAUUCUCAUUAAUUCCUUCGAGUCGCUGGAGACGCGGGCGGUGCGCGCUCUCAAGGACGGGCUCUGCGUCCCUGGUCGUGCCAUGCCACCGGUCUACUGCAUCGGGCCUUUGGUGUUGGGAGGCGGUGACCAGGAGCACGAGUGCCUCCGGUGGCUGGACGCGCAGCCGGACCAGAGCGUAGUGUUCCUCUCCUUCGGCAGCAUGGGCACGUUCUCCGGUAAGCAGCUCCAGGAGAUUGCAAGUGGAUUGGAAAAGUCAGGGGAGAGAUUCCUGUGGGUCGUGCGGAGCCCGCGCAAUCCCGACUACAAGUACGGCGAUUCGCUGCCGGAGCCCGAUCUCGACGCGCUCAUGCCGGAAGGGUUCUUGGAGAGGACCAAGGACAGAGGACUCGUGAUCAAGUCUUGGGCGCCACAGGUGGAGGUCCUGCGCCACAGGGCGACCGGCGCAUUCAUGACACACUGCGGCUGGAACUCGACACUGGAGGGCAUCACGGCAGGGUUGCCGCUGCUGUGCUGGCCGCUGUACGCGGAGCAGAAGGUGAACAAGGUGCACAUAGUGGAGGGAAUGAAGCUCGGGGUGGAGAUGAGAGGCUACAACGAAGAGGUGGUUAAGGCCGGGGAGGUGGAGGAGAAGGUCAGGUGGGUUAUCGCGUCCGAGGGCGGCAAGGCGCUCAGGGAGCGGGUGGCGGCGGCGAAGGAUGCAGCUGCCGAGGCGCUCAAGGAAGGGGGCUCGUCUCACUUGGCGUUUGUCCAAUUCCUCAACGACCUGGACACUUCCACAGCCCCAACUGUGCAGCAUUGA